AGUCGUGGGGACCAAUAUUACAGCAGAGACUUUACACUUCAUUAGGACACAAUGAAAACGAACAUCUCCACGUGCCUCCUCGCAGUCCAGCUGGUGUUGUGCGCCUUAUCGCGGAUUGCAAGACCGGCACCGAUCACCGCACCGAUCAGCGCCAUGGACGACUUCCUCAACGACACAGUAGAAACCUGCUGGAGUUUAAUAAAGAAAAUCAUCGACGAAAUUCCAAUAACCCACAAGUCGUGCAUUAAAGUCGAAAGCCUGCCCCUGCAGGAUGACCUCUCACGGUGGGAGUUCAUGGCCAGUUCCUUGGGCCUCCCAUCAGCCCAUACUCUCACUCUCUCACCCAACGAUAUCUCUGGGACAUUAUCUCAGAUUCUAAUGGGUCUACAACUCCACAAAGCGGUGCUGGAAACGGUCAAAGAACCCCUGUCCAGCCCAGAAGAUGUGAAGUUGCUCUUGGCUGACCUGGAUGAGCUGCUGGUCCAAAUCAGCAAGGUGCUGAAGCAUGUUAAUACCUCCCCGCCUCCAGAACCCACACUGCCUGACAUCUCCUCUCAGCUCAAAGACGAAUACGACGUCCAGGUGUCCACCCACGUCACCCUGCUGCAGCUACAGCGCUUCGGACAGGAAGUGUUCCGCUUCUUCCGCAGCCUACUGUCCAAUGACCCCUAAGGUGAAAGGUCAACAAAGGAAAGCGGAAGACACUGGCACCCUUAAAGUACAUGUGUCGGAAACAACACAAACUGUGUUGUCCCUAUCUGGACAUAGAGAUGUGUUUAAAAACAGCACAAGUUUUGUUGUUUUCAACGCAAAUUGGGUUAUUUUCAACACAUACUGUGUACACUCUUGAAACGAAUAACAAAAGCAAUGUGUUGGAAACAACACAACUGUGACAACUGUGUUGUCCCUAUCUGGUCAUAGAGAUGUGCGAGUUGUGUUGUUUUCCACGCAUUUGUCUUAAGAGUGUGAUUUUAUUUUGUAUUUAUUCUAUUUAAUGAUUAAAUUAUUAUAUUUUAUGUACAUAUUUAUUUAUUUAAUAACAUAUUUUCUGUACACAUAUUUAUUUAAUAACAUAUUUUUAUAGUAACAUUUUACAGUAUUUUUAUAUAACACGCCCACAACUAAAAUGUAAGUUAUUGUUUUGUAUCAUGUUGAUAUUGUUCUGUAAUGUUUACAAGCACAGCAAGUGGUAUAGAACUGGACAAACUUAACUUGCAGUCUUAUCGCUUUGGACAAAGGCGUCUGCUAAAUCCAUAACCAUAAAAUGUUGACAGGGGACUUUUGAACAUUCUAUCAAAACAUUCUGUUCCGCAACAAUGUGAAGUUCUAAAAUGUUGUGUUGAAUUCAGUGAACUCAGAUAUUCUUUAGAACGUUCAUUUUCCAACAUUGUGACGGUAUCGGCUGAAGGGUUAAGUACGAGUACAUUCUUAGUAUUGUCUUUGUUGUCUUAAGGCCCAUUCACACCAAGAACGAUAACGAUAAC